AUGAACACCACUUUCUCAUCAUUCCAGCAAGACCUCGCUCUGGAGCAGGACUCUAGGCAUUUCGACGAUGAAAAGCACAUCACUCGCUCAGACUUGCGUGCCAAAAAAACCGCAGAGAACAACAACGAGGGAGGACUCAAAAAUCUCGGACUGGCGAUCAUGGUUAUCUUUCAGGCGAAACGGUCUGCACUUAGAAAGGCUAUGGCGGAUCUGGAUGCUGAAUCGACUGUUUCGGCUUCACUCAGGAGUCUAAUCAAUCAUGUAGAGACCGCUGACACAGACGAUCAAGGUGAAUUGGCAAUAACUAGGAUGCGGGAAGUCUACCGACCAUUCCUGGAUAAGAUCAUUAAAAAAUCUGAUCCAGACAAGGAGACCGCAUUUCUGGUGUUGGAGUGGCUUAUGCUAAAGUUUCCGUACAGGCCGCUAAUGGUCCGUGCUCUUGGCGGGGAUCUGUCGCCCUCCAAAGACAAGAAGCGGAAAUUGGCGGUUCUUGUGGCCAUUGAGGAUGCUAUUGACACGCAAAUCAGACCUCGGUCUAUGAGCGGGAAAGAAGGCGUGUCAAAGUCGAAGUCAAAAUCAAAGUCAAAGUUGAAGUUAAAGUCAAAGUUGGUUGAUGAGGAACCUGACAUCCCGGUGGCACAGUCUAGCAACGAUCCAGAAAAGCCAGUUGAGCCAUUGGCUGACGGGAAGACACUCUCGGCAUGGAUGGCGUCCCUGUCAACGAUAGUUCAGAAUGACGGUGCUUUUGCUCCAGAUGGCAGUGGGUCUAUGACGCGUCUCACAAGUCUUGCGAUGGAUAUCGCCAUCGAGAUCUCACGGACACUUGCGGACCAAACGCUUCAGGAGAUUAAAGCUGCAGAGGACAAGGAGCGGAUACGGAAACCAGUCCUCGUGGUGGAAGUUGGUUCCCAUGACGAGGAUAAGCAUGAUAAGACGAAUGCCGAGGACACGCAGCCAUUUAGCCUGGGAUUCGUCAGGGGCAUGAAAUCUAUGCAGGCCAUCAUCAAGUAUUUCCUUUUGUCGGCUCAUGACCAGGUCGAUGUAGCAACUGCAGGGAUGACCGAUAUUUUGGAUAUACUAAUCCUAGAAAAUAUCCCCGUCAGUCAAGCAACAGCAAUUGCUAUACAAACAUCUCUGAUCCCGACGCUGAGCGAGGUCGAGGUUCAGGACAUGAAGACAAAGAUCACAGCAAUUCUUGAUAAUCCUUCAGAGAUAUCCCUGGGCUCUGCGAACGUGGCGUCGUCAUACAUGGCAGUUUACCCUGAGCUAUUCGUCCCUGGAUUGCUGGCUCGCCUUCGUCGUGAGGGUCAGAACGGCUCAGUCCAGAGUGACAAGGCCGAUGUUCGGAGAACCAUGAACUCGUUGCAUAUUGUAGAGGCCAUGGCUGAGAGAAACUUCUUUGACAUGGUUCUUUCAAAUCAAGCAGGCGAUUUAAGGCGCAAACUGGAGGACUUGGUCAUUGACUUGUUUCGGGAAAAGGAUAUCUCGAUCAGGGUCACUCUGGACCCGACCAAGAUUAUUGCCAUCUACGGACCUGAGAUCAACUCUACCGACGGCAUCGUGCGCUCCAGAGCAGAAUCCGUUUUAAUUGAAUGCAUGCUUUCUCAGAGACGAGACGCGUCCAUGAGCGAUGGCUUUGUUGUUUUUCUUGAGUAUAUUCGCCGUGUCGGUCGAUCAAGAGCAAACCACGAAGGUGCAUCGACCAAGCCCAAGACCCCUUCUCAACUCGUUGCAAAAAUUCGGUCAUUGGACUCAAAUCCAGCGCCACCAAGUUCACACGUGGACUCUCUCGACAAGCUACUCCGUGUGGUCAAGAUAUUCGGUGAGACGAUUCCCUCGACUUUGUGGGACCGCCUCCUUUCAGAACUAAUUGCAAAGUCUUGUGGGUCACAUUUUGAUCCUAUCCUUUCCCGUGCUUGGUCACAGCUGUCACCAUCGAUCGUCAAAAGCGCGAACGCUGUUUCAGCUCUUUUUGUCCUUGUCAGUGACAUUCUCGAACAACAGGGUGAGCUCACCGAGGAGAUGCUGGAAGCUGCAUUGGAUGCAAGUGAUGAAUCACUCGAUGACCUGCGGCUUGCUCGACUUGCCCCACUCGCGGUCCUGAAGACACUACCCAUUGAACAACUCGAAGAAGAAAUGAAGGUUGGCCCAACCUCGGGUGCCGAGUACCUACUUCGCCGACAACAGGGGCAGAAAAUGAAGCUCAAGGAGAAGUUUGUCGAGAUCUACGACAUGUUCCUGACUGGUCAAGACCCGGCACAAGGGAAGGAUCCUGAAGCGUUUUGGGAUGAAUUGUUUCUGAUCAAGGUGAAUGAGGAGUACCUCGCGUCGAGUCUGCGCCAACUGUCCGAGGACCAGCUACUAGCCAUCAAGGAUGGGAUCAACAGCAUCUUCCUACACGCUGUCCAGACUAUGCGGGAUCCCAUGCCCCAGCGUCGUCUUCACGCUAUGCAGUUCUUUGUCAAGGUGAAUUCUAUCGAGCUGGCGUUUGAGGCAAUGUCAUUGUUGGGUUUGCUGGCGAACUACAACAAGUACGAAACUCAGAACCGCUACCUUGCAAGUUUGGCUGCCCUGAACGACGACGUUAUCCUCCGGAAGAUGGCAAUGGUGAUCGCACACACCUGCGACAAGAUGCGAAAGUCUUACACGGAGGUCAUGGAUGACGAUGAACAGUCAACGGUCUCCAAGUUGACGAGCGCGUUCUCAUAUGUAACAGGGAUGCUGUGGAACCCCAAAUCGCAGGACAUCUCGGUCACAGAUGAGGCAUUUGCAAGGCUGCCGGACGGAAGAGUUACAGUGCUUCUCGUCUUCUAUGAUCUUAUUUACACCAACAAGCGUUUCCUCAGGGUUUUCCUCAACUACUCAACAUCAUCAACGCCGGGCGCAGUCCAAGACAACACCACUGGACAGCAACCCAAUAUGGAUGUUAGCGAGACGGGACUGGGUGCCUUCUUGUCCUUCUCAUCAUAUAUUCUCCAGCACAACCGGACAAACCGAAGUUCGCCAUAUACCCAUCUCUGUCUGAUCAUCCUGUUGAUCUUGGUCGAGGAUUCAACAUCAUACCCACACCUUUGCAACAUUCCUCAGUCGCAGGACUCCACCUUUGCGACCGCUGCCAAUGCUGCUGCCACGACGUUCGGAGCCAAUGCUCCUUCUUCGACGGGCGUGAUUCGUCUUUGCCGCCAAAGGCAGCCUGUUCUUCCAAAGUUCAAAGGACCCGUACCUAUGGCUGCAGCACUUCUCGAUGUUAUUCUUGGAUUCUUGAAGCAUAAUAUGAAGAAGAAAAUGCAGGUCGACUGCUUCCGCAUCGCUGUCGCUAUUAUCUUUAACAUGGCAGCCCGCUUCAAGGCCCUCCGAGUUCGUCUUCGUAAGUCUGGCAACCUAGGAUGCUUGGUUCUGGAGACGACUUUUACAAUGUGGAACACGCUACAGGGGCUCGUCAAGUUCCUGCAGGCAAAUGCCAAAGUCUUCCAGAGCCAGCCCGAGGCUCGCGAUCUGGUUGCGGAGACGAUCGAUUUGGUGAACUACUUUGUGACAUUUGGAGACAUGAUUAUGCCGGAUCCAGCAAGUCUUUAUGCGUUGUAUUAUGAGAUUGUGCGCUCGGGCAUCGAUCCCUUCUCGGACCUUGCCAAAGAAUUUUCGAUCUCAGUGCAACCACCACUGCCAGCUCCUCUGCCCCACCACGACCUCACAUCCCGCAACCGCCUAAACCUCGCAUCAUCUCCAGUCUCCAGUCCUCCAGAGUCAGUCAUCGGCUCCCCACCUCCAGGAUCGGUCUCAGUCCUGGGUUCCCCUCCACCAUCCCCCUACCAUCCGAACCCACACUUCCGAUCGGCUUCGCCCUCUAAUAGUCACCAUCACCACCAACAACGCGUGAUUAUCUUGAGCCUGUCGAACAUUAAUCAGGUCUACACGUUCUUCUUUUCACAUCUCCUGGCCUGGCGCGAUGCCAACCCUACACGCAGCCUGGGUCCUGAUCUGGUCUCGACGAUUAUCAAGGAUCAUUACCAGGAUUUGACCUUGGUACCAAACACGCUUGACAGUUUCUUGGCCAUGCGACAGAACGGUACUGCAGGAUUGGGAGGUGGUCGAAAUGGUGGCGGAUACGGUAAUGGUGCUAGUGGUCUGUCAACACACACUCCAGUUGGGUCUUCCCCCGUCAACGGACUGGGUCCUCAUCCGGCCUGGGAUGGGUACACAGAGGUUCCAGGAAAAGUUUACUUUUUCAGGCAGCUCACUCGAUGGAUCGUAUCAGAUUUCAGGUCCAUAUCUCGUCACAAUGCGUCCUCUGUGGCCCUCCCAAGCAUCUCAAAAGCCACAUCCUAG